AUGUCAAUGGGUACACAACGUCACACCUUGGAACAUGGAAGUAUGGUUAAAGAAUUUAAAAAAGACUUACUGCAAUUUCACCUGCAAACUAUGUCAAUUAACAUAUUAACAUCCCACAUUGAAGACAUCGUUCAUGAUAUAAAUCUCAAUAUCAUCGGGGAUUUUGUAACAAUCAAGUCGAGUAAAGCCAUAACAGGAAUAGAAAGUUUAUUGAAAAUGUCUCAGAAUAGAAAAUUUCUAAUUUCCAUUUCACCAUUCAACUCGUUAAAGAAAUUACUGACUUUAAAUUAA